GGGUGGGGUGAGCAGGGACCGGGACACCGGCCCAGGCUCCUCCUGCCUCCCCUCCCCACCCCCACUCCCCAUACUAAGGCUCCCAGCCCGCCACGCUCUGCUCACUAGCCCGCGCGUCCCAGCCGAGCGAGCGUCCCCGCCGCGCCUCCAGCCAAGGUUUCAACAGACCUCAUCAAAAUGCCGUCUCAAAUGGAACACGCCAUGGAAACGAUGAUGUUCACGUUCCACAAGUUUGCUGGGGACAAAGGCUACCUAACAAAGGAGGACCUGAGAGUACUCAUGGAAAAGGAGUUCCCUGGAUUUUUGGAAAAUCAAAAAGACCCCCUGGCUGUGGACAAGAUAAUGAAGGACCUAGACCAGUGCCGGGACGGCAGAGUGGGUUUCCAGAGCUUCUUUUCGCUGAUCGCUGGGCUCACCAUCGCAUGCAAUGACUAUUUUGUAGUUCACAUGAAGCAGAAAGGAAAGAAGUAGGCAGCACUGAGCCACACUCCCACCCAGAGAGUUCUCCUGAGGGCCUCUCAAGGAGUCUGCCCCGCAGCUGCCCCCCUCCACCCAGUAUAAAGGAUUCCAUGAGCAGAUUGGGACCCUCAGAAAAUGUAUACAUAAAAUGCAACCCCCAUUUGAGAAGCAGAGAAAGUAAAGUCAGUGAAAGCCAGAUAAGCUUUUGAUUUUUAUAUUGCCUGCAUCCUCUUGCCCUCAAUAAACAAAUUCUUUUUUUAGUUCCUCA